GAUUGCCCGGGAGGGACUUUCACCAAAGGUGCUGUGGCUGCGGACAACGUGAGGUGCUCAGAGAUCGGACUCAACAUUCUUAAAAAAGGCGGCUCAGCAGUAGAUGCUGCCAUCGCUGCACUUCUGUGCACCAGCAUCAUGAACCCGCAGAGCGCGGGGAUCGGAGGAGGCUCCUUUUUUACCAUAAUGGACAGUUCUGGUGAUGUGACAAUCAUCAACUCCAGGGAGACCGCACCGUCCAGUGUGAAAUCUGAUCUGCUGGACUCCUGUCCUGAUAAACCUUCAGAGGCUAAUGGAAGCAAAUGGAUUGGAGUUCCAGGGGAAAUUCGAGGCUAUGAAUUGGCUCACAAACUUUAUGGAAAACUGAAUUGGACAGAUCUGUUCAACGAGACCAUCGAGCUGGCAAGAAAUGGAUUCCCUAUUCCUCUAGUCCUAGGCUCCUACCUGCCAGAGAUUAAAGAAACUGAGUCCCUGCGGAAACUAUAUUCAUAUGAAAAUGGAACCUUGAUGAAGACUGGAGACGUGAUCAAGUUUGAGAAACUGGCCGACACUUUGGAGCUGAUUGCAAACAAAGGACCGGACGCCUUCUACACCGGAAGUAUAGCAAAGGAUUUAUUCAAUGUUACAGGAGGAAACCUCACACCGGAUGACUUAAAGUCAUAUAAAGCAAUAGUGAAUAAGUCAUUGGAUGUCCCUGUGGGAGAGGAGUACCGCAUGUACAUACCUCCACCCCCAUCAGGAGGAUCACUCCUCAGCUUCGUCCUCGACUUCAUGAAAGAGUAUGAAAAUAAACCAGCCCAUCAAUUUGAUGAAAAUAAGACCAACUUUUAUAACCUCUAUGUUCAAGCUCUUAAACAGGCCAAUGAACUAAAGAAGAGUAUUCGGGAUCCACGCUUCGUUCCACAAAAGGCAGACAAAAUGGCAAAUGUUAACUCAGUUAAGAACAUACUGGACAACUGUACACUCAGCAAAAACGACGCCUGUUAUGAGAGUGUGGGUACCACACACGUGUCUGUGGUGGACCAAUAUGGAACAUUUGUCGCCGUCACCAGCAGCAUCAAUGACAUAUUUGGCUCCAAGGUUUACUCUCCAAACACCGGAAUCCUCCUCAACAACCAGCUGCGGGACUUUUGUGGUAGAAAUAUUUCUAAUAUCGCUAAAGGGGAGCAGCCCCCCUCCUCCAUGGCCCCUGCUGUGCUGAAGUCAAAGUCGAGGACGCUGGCGAUUGGAGCGAGCGGUGGGAGCAUGAUCACGACUGGAAUAGCCUCUGCUCUCAUCAACCACCUUUGGUUUGGGAAGAGCCUCAAGGAGGCGAUUGAUACUCGCGUUGUCUAUGUUGACUGUGAAAACAAAAUGAAAUUAGAACCCAGCUUUGACAGUGCUUUAAUUAAAGAACUUGAGGAACGUGGACAUAAACUAGGAAACAAAUUCUACAAUGUGGUUAACGCUGUGGAGAAAAAGGACGGCUACAUCUGUGCUGUGUCUGACGACAGGAAACUUGGAAAAGCAGCUGGUUAUUGACAAAACCAGUCAGUAAUGCUGGUCAUGGGGGUUGUUCUGAAAAUGAGUGAGAUCUUCCUGCAGCAGAAGUUGUUUGUUGUUCUUAAACGUCAUUGAACAACAGGCGAAGAAACGGGUUUAGUUUUCUGAGUGUUUGCUGUAACCUGGCUUUAUGUUACUGGAAUGAGCUGACAGACUGUACCAAGAUGUUAUCAGGGGAAAAAAACAUUUUUAUGUAGGAGAUGGUCUUAAAUAUUUUUGCCCUUUUAUUAAUGGUUUUUUAAAGAUGGUGAAGAGAAUGUACUAAUCCAAAUAAUCUCCACAGUUACUUCAUAAAUUUACCUGUAAAGAGGAUUCACUAAUAUAUAACAGGGACGGUUUGGUGGAAAUACUGCAUUUUAAAUAUUAGCUGUAAUUCCUUCUUUUAAUUGUACUCCACAGUUUAUUGAAUUUCUUGUGUUUGUUGCAAUAAAAUAUGAACAUUAUA